GUUCUUAUCCUGGGCCACAAACCUGAAGCCUCUUCCCAUCCAGCUCAUCCCACUUGUCAACUCCCCUCCGACUCCGAGGGCACGGGCGGCGAGCAUGGCGGCGGGGCCGGCGGAAGCCCUGAAAUCCUUCGAGGAGAGAGCUUCCGAUGCCGAGGCACGGUUAGCAAAGCUGGAAGCCCUGCUGCUGAACAAAGAUGGCGCAUCCGAGGCAAGUUCAUCUGCCAUGAGAGAUCUUGAGUCAAAGCUUGACGCAGCCACCAAAGAAUGUCUUGCCGAGAAGGAACAGAACCGGAAGCUGACCGUGGAGAACGAGAAGCUCCAGUAUCGUGUCUCCCAUCUCAUCCGAACAAUCAAAGAGGCGGAGUCAAGAUAGAGAAGCCUCUGAUAAGCUGGAUCCCGUAAAACUAGUCCUAUUUUGGCUUCGAGAGAGACGGUCAUCUCGCAAAUCUGUCUAUGUGCUCGGUGUUGACGUCUGUUGGAGUUGGUUUGAACUUUUAAUCUGUCAUUCCAAUGUUGAUGAAAUGUGUCUGGUACGUGUAAGCUUAGCAGUAAUGCAUUGAUCAGAUCGAUUAUUCGUGUCGACGAACAUUGAGCAGCGUGUUGCUAUCGGUCGCAGCGAAAGAUGAAGGUGAAAGAUAUUCUACGUGUGCAAGCUUGUUCCCGGGUAGAGUGGUGUUAUUUGCUGGGUGCUAGGGUGGAAUGCUAGUUGGGGAUGGAUUUGAAUUCAGGAGUUGUGAUUCGACAAAGACAGAGAGAUAGGGGUGUUCUCUCCCGGUUAGCGUAGGGCAGGGUGUACCCUCCCGUCCCUUCCGAGUUGCUCUCAAAAUCGGAACCAGCGGCAUAUAUGUAACCCCGGCCAUCGAGCCAGCGCCUCUCAAAAUCCACGAUCGCUAUCUCGGGUUUCUCUUCUCAACGUGAGCUGAGCGAGACGGCGCCGCGCCAAUUGAAACUCAAAACACGGUACGCUCCUCGCUGGGAAAGCGAGAUGGCUGAGCCAGAGAAGUACGCGACGGAGACAGAGACGGAGGCGACGGACACUGACACGACGGAGACGGAGACGGAGUCUCACGCGACGGCGACGGCGACGGACACGGACACAUCGGAGGCAGGGACGGCGUCAGACACGACGGACACGGACAGCAGCGUGCCGGAGCUGACACGGGAGGAGAUGCUGCGGCUGCUGGAGCCGGACCCGGAGCUGACGGACGAGGAGAAGGCGCUGCGGGCGCUCCACAUCGUCUGCUGCCGAGAGCUCACCGAGUACGACCCCAAGUCCAACGCCGACGUCUGCACCCGCUUCUCCAGCUUCAACAUAGCCUUCUUCGACCUCGACCAAGAGUCCGAGGCUAUGCAUGGCCCGCGGCUUCAGGAGCUCACCUCUUCUCAGCAGAGCUCGGCUGUGCAAUCAUCGGUCAACGUCAUUUCCCUCAAGGUGGUCGACUCCGACGUGGGCUACCCGAUCAGCGUGUUUGGCACUGUGCUCGCGAGGGACGAUGCCGACUACAGAUGUGUCUACUUGUUCCGCCGCGACAGGGAUGAUCCCCAGUUCAUCGAGUCGCCGGAGGACAUGCUGACUUUGACAGGCCCAAACCGAGGGCUCGUUGUGCCAGACACCAUCUUCUUCGAGUUCAAUCUGAAGAUCAAGGGUGACGGAACCACCGGCGACAGAGAUUUCAGCAAAGGUGUCAUAGAACACUACCCUGUACCAUUGGAGAAGGGACCCAAGGCUGAGCUGCUAUCUAGCUGGCUGAGCACGGUAGAACUGGUACUAGCGCCCGUUCCGUUUGCCGUGGCAGCUACCGUCAAAAUCAGUAUUCUGAAUGGACCCUGCGACGCCCCUUUCAGUGACAAGAUAACCGCUUGGACCGCCGGAGACACUGAGAGCCAUAUCAUUCUAUAUGAUGAACACGAAAACAGAGCGAGAUUGAUCGGAGAUGGCGGUUCGAUCGCGUUAAGCCGUGAUUUGGUGGCCGUCCACGUCCCUAAUUCCUUGUAUGAUGAUGAGUAUGAAGAAAUCGCGCUCAGUGUCUGUUUUACUUCCAGUGAUGGUGAGGGUGAGUGCAGCUGUGUCACUCUACAGUACCCUCAGGAGGAGAAGGUUUGCAAUCAUGGUGCCUAUGAGCUUCAGGUGGAGGUUACCUGGACAGCCAUUCUGGAAGGGCCGUUUGGCACAGAUGUUGACAAAAGAUGGAGCUCUGUUCCUCUGAAACCAUUUUUUUUCUGAUGAUCUGUGCCUCGACAGGUGAAGGAUGAUGGGUUGGAUACCGACAAUGAGCGGCAGCCGUAGAUUAUGGAUGCAGAAAGGAUGUUUGGUUUCAGCUAUGUUGCUCUGUUUUCCCCUUGGGAUAUAAUGAAGGCAUGGCAGCCUCUCCCCGACUACAUGCUUGACGUUAUGUGUUGAAAUAAUUAAUUCUAUUUUA